AUGGCACAGGAGAAUGAGAACUACGACCCCAUCGGAACCAUCCUAAUCCAGGUCCAUGAAGACCUUUAUCAGUUAAAAGAGAAAUUAACAAAUUUCCCACUGGAGGAAAAAGGAGAGGCUCUAAACAUUCAGAAUCUUGAAACCGCAAUCAAAAGGACUGAAAUGGGAUUAAGAAUUCACAUCGAGAAGUAUUUAAAUGUUGUAAACCAUCAUGUGUUAACAACGCCUGUUGAUGGUGAUAAUUUAUAUUCUCCUCGAGCUUCCAAGUGGUUGCUUCCAACUGUAAUUGAUCAGAAAUCAUUUAUUUUCCCUCUAGAAUCUGAGGGUAGACUUUGGCAACCCCAAAGACAGCACAGUACAUUUCCACAUGCCUUUCCAAGAAUAAAGGUAAAUGUUCAGAAGUUAAUAAAAGGGUCUACCAUAUCGAACCUCACAGUUCUACCAGCCUCUCAUCGCACUAAUCCCUACUUCACGCCCAUCCCUGUCCUCCAAGCAGAUGCCAGGAAAGGGAUUUUAAGUAUGAUUGAACGAGGACUGAUUCCACCAACAGCAAGGAUUACCUUUCAGAAUCCACCCAUUGUACCAAGAGCAGCUCCUUUGCAUAAUUUUGAUGAAGCACAUAAGAUCCCAACUGCCGUGGGAGAAACAGAUAACAAGCAGGGGAAAGGCAAAAGGUCAAGAGGACAUCAUGAUAAGAAGAUCAUGAAAGUCACAACACCUUCGAGAACUGUGAAAUCACCAUGGGAUUAUGACUUUUUUAUUUAUAAUGGUGUCAUAGACAAGGCAGCCCCAGACUUCUUAGCAUUCAAGGAACAUUUUAAUUUAUCUUGGGGAAGUAUUUUUUCUCUCUUGGAACACAUCGAGAAGUUUCUCAGAGACUAUGCAAUACCAGAAGUUAAAAUAAAAGGGAACAAUUUGGUAGCCUUCCUUCCAGAGUUUGAGCUGAAGAAUAAACUUACCAGAUACGACUUUCUCACACUGUUAGAGAACCCACUUCAUAUCCAGAUGAUGUUAAAGCUUCCGGGGCAAAGGUACAAGGGCCAAGAUGGAAGGUCAGAGGCUGCCAACAAGAUCCAAGCCACAUGGAAAUGCUUCAGAGCAAGAAAAUUAUUCCUCUUGUAUCGCCAGCAGAAGUGGGCAUCAGGUGUGAUUUCCAUUGCGUGGCUCUUACAUUGCCACAAGACCCGAGUGAAGAAGAUCCUGAAGGAAUCACGUGAGAGACACCUGGAGAAUUUCCGUAUUCGAGCCAAGCAUCUGGCAGCCAACUGGAAUCGCAUCAGGACCUCCAGGAGGACUAUUAUCCAUAUCCCAUCAUUAGGAUAUUCUCUGCCUGUGCGACAAAAUAUUGAUGACUUCAACACGCUGCAGAAUAUGCAGCUGGGGAGGCUGUGCGACGUCUUAGAUGCCAAUGUGAGCGUCAUCUACAUCUGCUCCCAUCAGAUGAACGAUGAGUUACUGCUAUAUUACGAUAAACUCCUGAGUCUACAGGCAGCUGUCAAAUCAGGGAACCUUGAGGACAGAAGUGACCUGCAGGACAGGUUCAAAAUUAUCACCCCUGAAGCUAUAAACAUCUUCCCUAAGCAUCAUAUGUGCCUGGCCACUUACCUGAUGUACAGUCCCAAGGCGAUCAAAAGAAUAAAAAAUCUCAUCCAAGGAAAAGAGGCCUACAUUGUCAGUGGGCUCCUGCACAGAGAUGACUUGGCUGUGGCGGAUAUGUUAAACAUACCCAUCCUGGGUCCGGAGCCUGAAAUAGCUCAUCUUUACAGUAGCAAGUCUGGAAGCAAAUGGGUCUUUGAGAGCGCCAAUGUGCCCGUCCCUCCUGGAGUAUAUGGCAUCUGUCAUCACCAACAGAUGCUAGAACAGCUAGGUCAGCUGGUCAUAGAUCACCUGGAAAUUCAACGCUGGCUCUUUAAAAUGGACUAUGAGUUUGGAGGAAAUGGGACUGCCUUUUGUGACGUUGCUUCCCAUCUACAGUGCUACAAGUGGUUCCUACAGGAGAAGAGCAGAUAUGGCCAUGAGAACUGGAGGAAGAAAUGGGCACAGGAGCCAGCUUUGGUGAAGAUCUCCGAGGAGCUGGCGGGCAUUUUAGCACAGCACGCACAGCCAGUCAAUGAGAAACGGUUCCCGACGUGGAGGAAAUUCCUCCAAACAUUUCUCUGUCAAGGAGGCACGAUGGAAGCGUACCCACCCGCAGAAAGUGUCACCAACCUGACGGUGGACAUGCUGAUUGAGCCCAAUGGAGAAAUCAGAGUGCUGUCCACAGGGGACCAGCUCCAUGCAGAAGGCCCCUUCAUCUCUACUGGUACCACCAUGCCUCAGACCUCAGUGGAUCCCCAACUCCUCUGCUCUUUGUGCCUCAAGAUUGGAAAUACUUGUAAAAUGAAAAAUGUGGUUGGUUACUUUUCUAUAGACCUGGUGACAUUUAUUGAUCCAACCACCCUGGAACAACAGGUGUGGGCAACAGGCCUCAGCCUCUCAUACAGUGACCAGCUGGCCCUGACUCAGCUCACCUUAUACCUGACCAACGGCCAUCUGGAUUGCAGUCUGAGCACCCUGAAAGUGCCCUUUGUUCCUAAGAAAGAGAAGAAAAUGAGCUGCCUUAAAGCCCUCUCGGUGUCGUCCCGGGCCACCAUUCGCUAUGCAGUGAUGAGUACCCAGCUGAAGCACAACAAUCUCUCGCUCAUUUUCCACUAUGUCUUCCUCCAAAUGUGUAAGGCCCAUGGCAUUGGCUAUGACUUUGAGGACAAACAAGGAACUAUUUUUAUAUUAUAUGAACACGUGAAGAGAGACAAGUUGGGAAUGUUAACAAUCGGUGAAGAUCUCCAGGGGGUCCUCAUGACCUUUGCUCGAAAUCUCUUCAUCAUCCAUCAAGAAAUAUCAGCACCUAAUAUGCAAGGCGAGACCAAUUUUAAGACGGCCAUUAAUGACAUUGAAGCCAUUCUAGGAGUAACAGAGGAAAACAAAAUAAGAUUUGAAGAAGAGCUAAAACAGUCCAAAGAUGACAAAAACCUUUCUAAACCUGAUAAAUGA